AUGCUUGUCAGAGACCUCAAGCGGCUGGUCUUCGUCAUCGGGCCACUGCUCGUCUUCUUCCUCGUCGCGUUGCGAUGCUUCAACUGGAAAGACCCGGCCACUCUCCGGUCCCAGCUGGGCCACUGGAACGAGUGGAUUGAGCACAAGUUCACCCCCGAGGCCGACGGCCAGCUGCCGCUCCCUGACAUCUCCGGCCUCACCGGCGACUCCAGCGUCUUCGUGCCGCCUGUCCCCGGCUCCGGCCCCGACCCGGACCCGGACGACGGCAAGACACAUCAUGAGAUCUUCUCCGUGUCCACGGCCGAUAAGAAGUACUUCAACAUCACAUUCGGCGACAAGCCGUCCUUGAACCCCAACAUCAUCCCGCACCCCGUCACCGACGGCACUUGGAUCAUCGUCGCCCAGCUCAACAACAUAGACGACCCUAAUCCAUCACCAUGGUUCGCCGAGUUGGUCUGCGACGCUGUCUUCGGCCCCGAGGGUCUCCAAUGCGCCGGGCAGCCCUCCAUCCUGCCCAUCGCCGCCACCACCGGCGACAAGUGUGAGGGCGACCUGGGCUACUUCGGCUUCAACGUGGGCCCCCACGAUGCUCGUGUCUUCUACGGCCCGCGCACCCCCUACGCCAUGUACGGCAGCAACUCCAUGUUCACCUGCUUCGGCCAGUGGAUGCAGGACUUCCGCGUCCUCGUCGACUGGGGCGUCGAGCUGUUCACGCAGGACGACUUCCGCGUCGGCACCGAGCUGCAGCGGCCCCUGCCCUACAGGCCCGUCGAGAAGAACUGGUUCAUCUUCUGGGACAGCCGCAAGCGCAUGUACGCGCACUACGACGUCUUCCCCACGCGCGCCUUCGCCGAGCUCAACGCAGACGGCUCCGUCGGCGAGGACCUCGCGCCGGCGGCCGCCGCCCGGGACAACAAGUGCCUGGCCGCGUACAUGCCCACGCUGCCCGAGAAGCUCGAGUCCAUCCACCAGGCGACCAACUCGCUGGCCAUCACGCUGUGCCGGCGCGCGGACCCCUCGUGCCGCGCCGCCGACGACAACACGUUCGUCUUCACCAUCAUCCAGCACAAGACCUUCUACCGCUUCCACUCCGCCUACGACCCCUACGUCGUCGUCUUCCGCCAGCGCGCCCCCUUUGAGAUCUACGCCAUCUCGAAGAAGCCCGUCUGGAUCCACGGCCGCGGCAUGUAUGACGUCGAGCACGACCUCAGCGAGAUGUACUACGUGACGUCCAUGAGCUGGAAGGCGCGCGGCCAGAAGUAUCAUGGCUAUCUGGACGAUGUGCUCUUCCUUGCUUUUGGCAUCGAGGACAGGAGGACCGGCGGCAUCGAUGUCACGGCUGCGGCCUUGCUUGCGAACUUGGGCCGAUGUCCUGAGUGA